AUGACAUGGAAUAUACGGGGCCUCAAUGAUCCUAUCAAAAGCAAAGAGAUUCGUAGGAUUAUUGAUGAUCAAAAGCUUGCUAUUUUUGGUAUUCUUGAAACCAAGGUGAAAGAGCGCAAUGUGGAUCGCAUUAAGUGUCUUUGUAUGGACAUCAACUGGCAUUUGGUUCACAAUUCUAAUAAUAGGACCGGCAGAAUUUGGGUUGCUUGGAACAAGGAUGUGGCUGAUGUUAAGAUGAUUUACAAUUCUGAUCAGGUUAUUAUGAUUGAUGUCAAAAGCAAGGUUGAUGAUAAUCUGUUUCGGUUAACUAUUGUCUAUGGUUGUAAUUCGGGAUCUGAUAGGAGGAGAUUGUGGAGUUGUUUGAAAGCUAAGAUUGAUGAUGGGGACCCCUGGGCUGUUAUGGGGGACUUCAAUGUUACUAGAUUUGAGAAUGAGAGGAGUCCUAAAUCUGAUAUCACUCAAGACAUGAUUGACUUUAAUGAGUGCAUUCGUGACAUUGGGUGUGUUGAACCGACUAACUUUGGCAAUAUGUUCACUUGGUCUUCAAUGAGGGGUGAUGAGCAAAUCAGAAGGAGCAGGAUUGACAGGGGUCUUAUUAAUUCGACUUGGACUGCUAAGUACCCUAGAAGUCAUAUACAUAUUCUUAACCCGGGAAUCUCUGAUCAUUGUCCUAUUAAGCUUUAUUGGGAAAAGGAUAAGAAAGUGAAACGACCGUUCAAAUUCUUUAAUUUCUGGAUGGAAAAUGAUAAGUUUAAGGACAUCCUCAUUGAGGUGUGGAACACUCAAAUGAAUGGCUCCAUGAUGUUUCGCGUGUCGGAAAAGUUGAGGCUCCUCAAGAAUCAACUUACUAAGUUUGAUCGGAAGAAGUUCAGAAAUAUAUCAAAAAGGGUCAUGGAAGCAAGAGUUGAUCUUGAGAAGAUUCAAUCUCGAUUUCUUUGUGAUGAUAUUGAUGAUACUCUGCGGGAUCAUGAAAAGACUGCCAUUGCCACUUUUAGAGAGCUUAGUUCUAUGAAGGAGAGUUUUGCGAGGCAAAAGUCGAGACAGAAUUGGAUUUCUCUUGGUGAUAGGAAUACGACUUUUUUCUACCGGAAAUGUUCUUCUAGAAACCUUCGGAAUAAUGUUCAAAGGCUCAAAAAUGACAAGGGUGAUUUUGUGCACGGACAGGACCAAAUUCAUGACUUGGUUGUUCAGUUUUAUCGUGGUCUCAUGGGUAGUAAAACCAGGCAGCAACACGGUCAGCUUAACGUACUCUAUCAGAUUGUUGACAAGAGAAUUACAGCUGAGGAUAGUCGUGAUCUUGUUAGAGUUAUUUCAAGAGAUGAGGUUAGAAAGGCGAUGGCUAGUAUCAAUGGUAAUAAGAGCCCCGAACCUGACGGUUUUAAUGCGGAAUUCUUUAAGGCUAAUUGGGAUAUUGUAGGUGUUAUUCCUAAGAUUGUAAGUCUAGGGCAAUCUGCUUUUAUACCCGGUAGGUCUAUUUCGCAUAACAUUCUUAUUAUGCAGAAUCUUUUAAAGGGUUAUGGGAAAAGGAAGAUCUCACCUCGGGUCGCGUUUAAAAUCGACAUCCGCAAGGCUUUUGAUUUCGUUAAAUGGGGAACUAUACAUGAUUUUCUUGUCGUUGCUGGUUUUCCUAGAAUCUUUAUUGAAUGGAUUAUGCAAUGCGUCUCUACCUCCCGGUUUGUAGUUUGUGUCAAUGGUGUUCACGGGGGCUAUUUUAAGGGCGAAAAUGGUGUGAGACAGGGCGAUCCUCUCUCUUCUUACAUCUUUGUAUUGAUCAUGGAGAUCAUUGAGAGUGUCUUAACGAUAUUCCGAAAGAAUUGCCAUUACACUUUCCACCCUUUCUGCGAAGAGGAGAAGAUCACUCAUUUAUGUUUCGCAGACGACUUGUUCUUACUUGCUCAUGUUGAUGUUGAAACCAUUAAUACUAUAAAAGAUGCACUUAACUUCUUUUCUGAUGUUACAGGUUUAACAAUUAAUGUUGAUAAAAGUUUAGCGUUUUAUGGUGGUGUUGGUGAUGAGACAAAGGCUAGGAUACAAGACAUUAUAGGCAUCCCCGAGGGUUCGUUUCCGCCGUUGAUUACUAAAGAGGAAUUUCGAGGUUUGAGAAUAAGAAGGGAUUGUGCGGCUGCCACGUUUGGUGACAUUGAUGCUGGACGUUGGGUCUCAAUUAUAAGACGAGUUUCGGAAGGAAGACGAGUAUUAGACUAUUUGAGCGGAAUUCGUCUAAGCGAUAGGGUUGAUGUUCAUUCUUGGGCUGCCGAGGAAGAAGGUAAAUUGAAGUCGAGAAUGGUUUGGAAUGUAAUUAGAGAAAAAGGACAAAACGUCGAUUGGGCUGCUCUUGUUUGGUCUUCAAAGGUCAUUCUGAGGCAUCGUUUCAUCCUUUGGUUGGCUUUACGUGGUAGGCUUAACACCCGGGAUCGGAUUCUUGCCUACAUGGACAUUCCGGAUGCUAAUUGUUUGCUUUGUGAUGGGAAUACGGAGUCUAUUAGCCACUUGUUUGGGAGCUGCCCGUUUGUUAAGUCUCUUUGGAAUAAGUUCACGUUGGCUUUGGGCUUUGUUCAUUUACCGGGUUCAUGGGAUGAGAUCAUUGUUGUUGCCCGCAUCAAGGCUAAAGGUAAUAGAUUUUCAGCCAAUGUCUUCAAAUGUGAUUUUGCUGCCAUUGUUUAUCAUGUAUGGGCCGAGAGAAACGCAAGAGUAUUUGGGAGAGUUCGUCGCGACGUUGAGCAUGUAUGGAGAGAUAUCGUGUUUGAUUGCGGUGCGCUAAUCGAUACGUGGAGGCGGGUUCCCAAAGGUGAGCGUGAAUGGACCCUUUGUAGGGAGUGGAAAAUCGAUUAUGACAAAGUUACAUCUUUUAAUUUUUCGAAAGCUAGUUAG